AUGACACAGAACAAUUUACGAGACUAUGCCCUUACACCUGCACAAUGGAAGCUAGCCGAGCACUUGGUGCCCGUCCUUGAGAUUUUCAAUGAGCUCACAAACAUAUUCUCAAAGGCUAACGUGCCAUUGAUUUAUGAAGUCAUCCCCAUGCUCGAACAUCUCGAGCACGCUCUCGAUCAGAUCUACAAUGCAAAAGACGAGCACCCCGUAAUUCAGAUUGCCGCACAAGCAGCUCUGCAAGUUGUAGGCAAGUACUAUGCACUCACUGAUGACAAUGAAGUGUGUCGCAUUGCAAUUAUAAUGUGCCCAGAAAAAGGCUCAAAUGGUUCAAAAAAAACCUGGACUGGCGCGAGAGUGACCACAUGGAAGCCAAGCGGUUUGUUCAGCAAUGCUGGGAUGAGUCUUACACAACACUUCCUUCAUCACUUCCUUCAACCACGACACGUCAUGUUCCAUAAAUGGGCUAUCUAUAGUGACAACGAAGAUGAGGAUGUCACUUCCGUCCAUCCUGACUCAAUGGAUGCAUACCUCAACACCCCAUGUAUUUCGAGAGCCAAGAUUCUGGCUGCAGGGGGUCUUCUUCGCUACUGGGAGAAUGCUCGUGCCACUCAUCCACGACUCGCACAAAUGGCACUUGAUUUUUUGUCUGCUCCAGGUGGCAGUCUUCAGGUCAACCACCUCCAGCAUGGUGUUAGUUCGCAAACCUUCAAAGCUCAGAUGGCUGUGGGAUCAUGGUACAACACACCUCUCAUGAACGAUCUCGGUGCUGUCACAUCAAUCAUGCGAAUGAAGAUGGUAAAGGGCAAAGGCAAGGCCUCAGGAAAGGGAAAGAGCAACAAUAUUGUUAUUGACUCGGACUAA